GGGUGUAGAUUACAGACAUUCACUCAGUUUGUCACCUAAUAAUGGCUCCUCAGUACGCCCCCAGCCUCCGCUCAAGGCUUCCUCUUGUGGCCUUCCUGCUGGAAACAAUCUUUAUCCUACUGUUUGUCUUUUUUGUAAAAAUAGAGCAGCGUGAGCUGAUUGACAGAGAGUCUGACAGUAAGCUUUUCAUCAGUUCAUAUGCAGAAUUCCAAGAUACUCAUGUGAUGAUAUUCAUGGGGUUUGGAUUUCUGGCCACGUUCCUUUUACGAUAUGGUUUCAGUGGAUCAGGGUUUAACAUGCUGUUGGCAGCCAUGGCCAUCCAGUGGGCCGUCUUGAUGAAUGGCUUUCUGCUGCCACAACGACACCACAGAAAGGAGAUCCACAUCAGUAUGAAGAGCGUUAUUGAGGCGGAGCUCUGUGCAGCGUCUGCUCUGGUUGCCAUGGGAGCAGUCCAUGGGAAGACCAAUCCUGUCCAGCUCUUACUAAUGGCUCUGGUGGAGGUCACAGGAUUCGUGGUCAAUCAGUGGAUCCUGCGAACUCUGUUCCUUGCAGAUCCAGUGUACAGCAUCAUGCUGCUGCAUGUCUUCGGGGCUCUGUUUGGUGUGAUGGUGUCAUGGGUGCUGCACAGAGAGGGGAUCAAACCGGUGCACGAGAAAGAGAAAACUGACCGUAAGACUGGCUUACUGGCAAUGUUUGGAACGCUGUUCCUGUGGAUGUUCUGGCCCAGUUUUAACUCAGCACUGGUGAGAGAUCUCAAACUGAAGCUUACUGUCAUCUAUGGGACGUAUCUGUCGCUGGCUGUCAGUGUUGUCAUGGCAAUGUCUGUCUCUAUGCUCACUAGCGCCAAAGGAAAGAUGAACAUGGUUCACGUCCAGAGCUCCGCCCUGUCCGGUGGCGUUGCCAUUGGAGUUGCCAUGACAGCAGUCCACAUGCCGUGGAUUGCCAUGACGAUCGGCUUCUGUGCCGCUCUCUUAUCAGCUUUGGGAUUCCGCUACAUGAAGAACCACAUGCUACUUGCUUUUGAGUGUCAUGACACCUGCAGCGUACUCAACGUGCAUGCCGUUCCGGGAAUUCUGGGAUGGUUUGCACUUUUAUUUCUACGGCUGGCCAGUGACGAAAGCACAGUAGCGGUGCAGUUCGCUGUGCAUCAUAUCUGUGUUCUCCUCAUAACGGUGUGCAUGAGUCUGGUGAUGGGCACAGCUACAGGACUUUUCCUGAAGUGGAGUAUCUGGAGACCCCAGCAGGACAGGAAGUGCUUUGAUGACCAGGCAUUCUGGGAGUUUCCAAAUUUGGCUGUAAAAAAAUGAAGAACUUAUGGACAAAGAUAUAAGAGGACUUCAGAUAUGCAUGAAUGCAGUUAGCACAAAAUAUAUCUGUGUGUGUGUGUGUGUAUGUGUGUGUGUUUGAGAGACAUUGUAAAGUAAACCAUUUAAAAUUUCCUUGAAUGGAAAGCAUUGUGCUUUUUUAAGAGACAAAUCGUACAAAACACCACCAAAGAAAUUUCCAAGCCCCAGGACGUUAAAGCAAGAAAAAUGGAAGUUUGUUUCAGGCUGACAAUGACAAACUGAUACACUAAUGCAAUAUAUAAAAAUAACCUUCUGGUGCAC